GCUGGCCAGAGAAUCAGAGUGUGCAGCUUGCCGCCGGAACCACAGGCAGCGGGAGAAGAGCGCUGUCGUGAGAACUAACUAAGCUCUAUCACCAGGCCAGUCUCUUUUGUGCGCUAUAUUUGAACAAUGCGAGUUAAAACAAUUAUGUUCUUCAGCAUAGCCUUAUGGCUGAUAAUAACCAACUGUAAUUUUGUCCAUCAUCUGAAAGACCACGUGAAAACAGAGUUGGAGGGGCCAUCCUCUUCCACUACCAUAGGAUACAACAAUGAUUCAGUGGCGUUAGUUGAUGAAGACCCUACUCAGUGCCCGAAGUUCGGUCUCAGUAAUGGAGAAACAACGAAGGUAGCUCUACCAGUGUCUACUACGACCACGUCCGAAGCCGUUACAGGAGUGACAAGCCAGUCGAAUACAACUCAGGAAGGACUUCCUGAUGUUGUUACCUUUGGUGACACAAGUGUGGCUGUAAUCUCCCAGGAAAUUAAAACUCCGAACCCUCUAGAGAAAUGCAAUAAACAGGGGAGGUUGUCUUCCACCUCCAUUCGCUACAGCAAUGCUUCGUUGAUGGUAGUCGAUGAAGACCCCACUCACCCAGAGUCCAGUCACAGAUUCGGGAUAUCAACAGAAGUAGAGCAGCCAACCUCUCCAGCGAUCAUGUCUGAAGUUGUUCCAGAGGUGUCAAGCCAGCCUAAUACAACUCCAGAAGUUCUUAUAAAUGCCACUUCCUUUGGCACUACAAGUGUGACUGCUUCCAUCGACAAAAACAAAUUUUCGAACCCAGGAGAGACGGAUAAAGACCCAGUGAAACCUUCUAUCGUAGUUACCAUUCUGAUCUGUAUUUUCAUACUUAUAGGUGGAAUGCUCUUCAUAUAUAUUAGAAGUCGUAGCAGACCUGCAGUUACUAUUACAAUACGCCCUGAUCCAUAA